AUGGCGUCUCAAAGAGAUUUAACUUCAAAUAAUCCUCAUUUCCAUAUAUCGAGUUCUCGUAACAAUACCAAUGAUGAUUUCAAUUCUGAUCAUAAUCCAAGAAAUCCAUUUGGUGAUGAACCAGAAGAAGAAGAAGAAUUAGAUUCAGCAUCAUUUUCAUCCUCAUCACAAAAUAAUCAACCCCAUCACCCUUUUGCUACAUCAAAUCAAACCCUGAGCACUAAUAAUCUUCAUAGUACCAACAGUAUUCGAAAUGAAGCUGAAUAUGGCAAACCAUUCCAAGCUUAUAGUGGCUACUAUUCAAAUGGUGGUAGUUCACUGUAUUUAAAUCAAGAAGGUGUGAUUUCUGAUGAAAGUAGACUAUUAUCAUCGGGUAAUAAUAAUAAUAAUAAUAAUAAUAAUCGAGAUGUAUCUAGUGUUGGUGGUGGUGGUGGUAGUGGUGACAAUAGAUUGAAUCCAACCAGUCCAGCAGAAUUUGAUAGAUAUCCAUCAAUGGCAGGUUCAAGAGUAGUAUCAUCUACUUCAUUAGUGUCGUUUAAUAAUCCUUCCAAUAUGAUGCGUAACCACCAUCAACAUCAACCUCAUCUCGGUUCAUCUUCAUCUCCAACUUCUAGUAGCAUGAAUAAUGAUUCUAUAUCAGAUAAAUCAACUAGCCCCUUUCCUAAUGAUUUCAGUCCAUUUGGUGGAUACCCUGCUAGUUCAUUCCCAUUGAGUAUUGAUGAAAAAGAACCAGAUGAUUAUUUGCAUAAUCCAGAUCCAGUACAGGAUGCUGAAUACGAAAAGAACCGAUUUAUGCACGAUUUAAAGAACAUGGAUAAACGAUCAUUGGGUGGGUUGAUUGGAUUUAUUAUAUUAUUUAUAGCUGCAUUAGCAGUGUUUAUCAUUUUACCUGCAUUGACUUAUUCUGGAGCUACUAACCCUUAUCAUCCAGAAAGUUACGAAGUUUUAACUAAAUAUCUGUACCCAAUGUUGAGUGCUAUAAGAAUGAAUUUAGUGGAUCCAGAUACUCCUGAAUCAGCUUAUAAAAAGAAGGCUAAAGAUGGUAGUGAAUGGGUAUUAGUUUUCAGUGAUGAAUUUGAUGCUGAAGGUAGAACUUUUUAUGAAGGCGAUGAUCAAUUUUUCACUGCUCCUGACAUUCAUUACGAUGCCACUAAAGAUUUAGAAUGGUAUGAUCCAGAUGCUGUAACCACAGCCAAUGGAACAUUAAAUUUACGUAUGGAUGCUUAUAAAAAUCAUAAUUUAUUCUAUCGUUCAGGAAUGGUACAAAGUUGGAAUCAAUUGUGUUAUACUCAAGGUCAUUUAGAAAUUCUGGCUCGUUUACCAAAUUAUGGUAAUGUAACAGGGUUAUGGCCUGGGUUAUGGUCUAUGGGGAAUUUAGGUAGACCAGGGUAUUUGGGAUCUACUGAUGGGGUAUGGCCAUAUUCUUACGAUUCAUGUGAUGCCGGUAUUACACCUAAUCAAUCUUCUCCUGAUGGGAUUUCUUAUUUGCCAGGUCAAAGAUUAAAUAAAUGUACUUGUCCAGGUGAAUUACAUCCUAAUCGAGGUGUUGGUAGAGGUGCCCCUGAAAUUGAUGUUAUUGAAGGUGAAGUGAUGACUGAUAGUAGUGGUAAAAAAGAAAAUUGUGGUGUUGCCUCUCAAUCCUUACAAUUAGCCCCUAUGGAUAUUUGGUAUAUUCCUGAUUAUAAUUGGGUGGAAAUUUACAAUUUUUCAGUUUCAACAAUGAAUACUUAUACUGGUGGACCAUUCCAACAAGCAUUAUCAGCAACAACCAUGUUGAAUGUUACAUGGUAUGAAUUUGGUGAUAAUGCCCAUAAUUUCCAAACUUAUGGUUAUGAGUAUUUAAAUGACCCUGAAACGGGUUAUUUACGAUGGUUUGUUGGUGAUGAUCCAACAUUAACGGUUUAUUCACAAGCUUUACAUCCAGACGGAAAUAUUGGUUGGAGACCUUUAAGUAAAGAACCAAUGUCAUUAAUUUUAAAUUUGGGGAUUUCAAAUAAUUGGGCUUAUAUUGAUUGGCCAAGUAUAUCUUUCCCCGUCACAUUUAGAAUCGAUUAUGUAAGAGUUUAUCAACCACCAGAUCAAAUUAAUGUUGGUUGUGAUCCAACCGAUUUCCCAACUUAUGAUUAUAUUCAACAACAUUUGAAUCUUUAUGAAAAUGCCAAUAUAACUUCAUUUGAAGAUGGUGGAUAUAAAUUCCCUAAAAAUAGUUUAAUUGGAUGUUAA